GCGGAGGCGGAGGCAGCGGAGAUCAGUGGCUGCGGCUGUCGCAAAUGAAAUAAUCGUCGGCCCGGCAUGGGACAUGUCAGAGGCGGGCGCGCGCGCGUAAUAUCUCGACUGGUUCAGCGUCAGUCCGACGCGAAACGUGAUAGUUGGUUGACGUAGAGACAUCUUCCUCGAAACUGUCCGCUUGUGCAACAAUCAUGAGCAACGAUCAGCAACAGAUGAAGACGAUUGAACUGCGGGAAUUGCAACCACUACUGAGCCUCACAUUCGGCGAUCGGUUGAUCGUGGUCCGUUUCACGACCAAGAGUUUGUUGCAGCCGGGCGAGAAUUAUGGCAGUACAAUUUUAAGUGUUCACGCCGUGAUUAAGCGCAACGAUAAGGCGGAAGAGGAGGAUCUUCAUCUCAUCGCGAAGAUGGCACCGCCGACAAAAUUUCAACUCGAAAUAUUCGAUUCCCCGUUCACAUUCAGAAAGGAGAUCUUCAUGUAUGAGAGCAUCGUGCCUCAUUACCAAAGACUGGAGAGAGAAAUGGGUUUAAAGGAAGAUGAAAUAUUCGAUAUAUUGCCCAAGUAUUAUCAGUCUCGAUUGUCACUGAGUCCAGAUGUCGAUUUUGAUGAUGAUGCUGUUAUUCUAAUGGAGAACUUAAGAACGCGUGGUUAUUACAAUGGCGAUAGAACUAAAGGAUGCGAUCUUGAGCACUCGAGAAUCGCGAUACGGGCGAUGGCGAGGUUUCAUGCGCUAGGAAUGGCUACAAAGUACAAGCGACCGGAGUACUUCGAGGAAUUGAAGAUACGCAGCAAAUGCUUGGAGUUGAAGAUGGACGAGUUUGAGCGUUUUCAAGAAGACAUGCUGAACAGGAUAGCAGGUGAUUCGCAAUUAGCUGUUCACCUGGAUCGGUGCAAAACCGCUGUAAGCAUCUCGUCCGAUCUUGGUAUAUGGACUAAGGCGCCCGAGGAACCGUGGUCCACUAUUAUCCAUUCAGACUUCUGGGUGAACAACAUCAUGUUCCAUCGCGAUGAGAACGGCCGGGUGGACGACAUCAAAUUCGUGGAUUUUCAGAAUUAUCUGUUCCUCAGCCCGCUGCGCGAAAUGAUCUUCUUCCUGUUCUCCAGCACGGAUGUGAGCGAGGAUGAGAUCGAGAAAUUGAUAGAUCUCUACCACGAAACGUUGUUAGCCGUGCUGGACCGAAUGGGUUGCGACACCGAGCCGUUCACCAGAGAGAAAUUCGACGCCAAGAUGUUCACCGAUGCCAAACUCGAGUCUAUGCACUUGUUUUUCAUGCUUAAGAUUUUAACGCUGGACACGCAGGAAACCGAAUUGAAAUUGGAUAACAUGAAGAAUUUCAUGAUAUCCUACCAAGGCAACCAAUCGUUCAUCCAACGGCUGCGUAAGGUCGUGUUUUACUUUGUUAAACGCGAUUGGAUUUAGUGCAAUAAAAAAAAAGUAGAAAAUACUUGGAAUGUCGUAUGAUUUGACAUUGGAAUGUCAAAUCAUAUAUAAGUAUGUCCAUUAUUGCGCAAUGUGACAUAAUGGACGACACAAUUGACUGCAUUACGUAAGCAAUUAAUGUUACACUGUUUUACUUCAUUUUGCGCGCAUCAUAAAAGGAAGAGGCUAAUUACAGGAGAAGAUGGAUGUGCAAAAUUUAGCACAAAUUUGACAAAUAUAAAAUUUAUAUAUUUUUCAAACGUAUAUAUUUUACAUAUAUAUUUUACAUAUAUAUUUUUUAGACUUUGUUAAAUUUUUGCUGUUUUAUAAAUGUUUGAGUAAAAUCGAUGUAAUUCACUCUAAAA